UCGAUCGGCGAACAAGCCUAAAAUUUGGUCGUUUGUCGGAAGAGUUUUAACAAUAAUGAAUAUAACAAAAUCAGUCAUUUUGGCUGUGACGAUUUUUUGCCUCGUCGUUGGCCAAGUAAAUUGCCAGGCGAAAGAAGAAACUACCACAAAGCCAGAAACGCCAAAGGAAAAAACCAAAGUAAAAGACAGCAAGCUUUGCAAGAAAUGCAUUUGCGAUCUGGAUACCCUUUUCCUGGACUGCAGUGGGAAGCUUCAGGACUGGCUGUCUGCAGAGGAGUGGGAGGUGUUGACCAACGGAGACAUUGUGUUCAAAACGAUCAACUUGGAGCACAACAACCUAACCAGCGUUCCGAUCCUGCCGAAGUAUGAUGUGGAAAACCUGUAUUUGGCCAACAACCAAAUAGAGUCGAUCACUGAGGGAGCCUUCCAGAACCUCACCGAGCUAACCACACUCGAUUUGUCGCAUAACCGAAUAACGUCGAAAGUUCUGGUGCCCGACGUUUUCAAAGGUCCCUUCACAUUAAACGAUUUUGCAGCGCUGGAGAAACUGAAGACCCUCAACUUGGGAUACAAUGACCUGCAUACCCUGGAUGCAGACUUGUUUGAGCACACUCCCAACCUAGAGGAGUUGGUCCUCUGCUCCAAUGCGUUCCACGUAAUUGAUCGGCUUUCGGAAAUGGCCAUUUCCGGAUUGUCAUCGUUGAAGACUCUGGACGUUUCGUACAUGGAAAUCGAUGACCUGCCAGAAACUAUCCUUCAUGGACCCCGCGAUCUUGAAACCCUUAUAGCAGCUGGUAAUCUCUUCCACCAACUACCAAAGGCCUUGUGUCGAGCUACGAAUUUAACCAGCCUUGUUCUGAAUCAAAACCCCAUAGACAGUCUGGUUGAAGACAAUGUAUUUCCACCGCUGACCAAAUUGACCCACCUGAGCAUGACCUUCAUGACUAAGUUGUACAAAAUAGGACCAGGAGCAUUCAGCGAAUUGCAAAGUCUAACCGAGCUGAUCUUGUCCGACAACAAGUUGCUAAACGAAAUCGAUGAGGAGGCUCUGUCCAAGAACGUCACUGAAGGCCCGUACCUGGACUAUCCGCCACUGGAAAAAUUUUACUUGAAUAAUUGCAACCUUACGACUCUGCCAAAAAAUCUACUCAUGCGAUGGGAUAAACUCAAAGCUCUGGACCUUAGAUAUAAUCCCUGGAACUGCGACGAUUCCAAUGACUACUUGAUCAACGUCUUAAUCGAACAAAUUAACAAAACCACUGCGAUUUUGGCUAAAAAUGUGCAGUGUGCCACGCCAGCUGCGUUGAAGGACGUGGAAAUAGUUAGAGUUGCCAAUGAACAUAUGAUGGCUAGUUCUACUGGCAGUAUCAUAUGGGUUGGACUCCUGGUUAUCUUGCUAAUCGCUGUGCCAACUGUGGCAGCUGCCUAUGUGAUGAAAAGACGCGGCUGCUUUGGCGUCUUUAGACGCAAUGAAAGCGGAGGUAACAGGGCUCUCUAUAAUAGGACUAGUUUUAAUGAAGACUUCCAUAUUUAAAUUUUGCUUUGCACUGACAUUAAAGUUAUAAAAAAUAGUUACUAUUGCAUGCUCACUAUCCUCUUGAAAAAUGAGGAUACUCGCCGCACCGAAUAAACGAAAGUUUUUUGAAACCAAUCCUGCUUCAAAACUGUAAAUACAUUUUCUAAAACAAUCCUUCAAAAUCGAUAGUAACACUUAAAUAAAUUGAAUUUAAGGAAAUUGGACCAA